AAUUUAAAGUUAAUAUCUCUGAUAUUUGUAACUCAGCCAAAACAUUCUUUAGGAUAUUUCAUUGCUUCUCCGCUGGGCAGAGUUCAUUCAUGUCCUUGUUUGACCUUAUUACUAGUCUUAUUGUUGUUUGUUAUCUCCACACAGAGGCUAUAAUUCAACCACUAUAUAUGUUAUACAAGAUUAUUCAUUAGCUUCAACACCCUUGUGCAGAGAAUGCUACUGAAGUGGUGAAAUAGUGCUAUACCAUGCUUACCAGUAAAACCCCUGCCCCGUCACAAAUCUAAACUUUACUGCUACUGCUGUAUGCCACAAAGUAUUACCAGAAUUACAUUGAUCCAGAUUGUUUGUGGACCCUAUUGCAAUCAGGUAAGGUGUCAGUUUGUGCUGUCAGAUUAUAAUAUUGAUAUAUUUUUGAUAAUACAUGAUGACAAUUUUUAGAGUGUUUAUGGCUGUGUGAAGUAGGUCAUCCAUUGUAAUAGGUAAGGAGUUGCGGUCUGUCGGCAUAUAAAUAACCCCUUUACUGACACAGUUUGUCACAUUUACCGCGGCUACAACAUGCAGCAGGACUGUGUGAGCAAAUCUCUACCUAAUACUAGAAGGACUGUAAUAUCUUCUUUCUCAGACGCAGACUCAUUUUGAAGGGAAAAUACCUGUAUUGAGAACUUGAUAUACCUGUGAACAAAUUACCUGCUGCCGUAAUUAACAUCAAGGAUGAGCCGGUCUUCAUUCUGCACAGAUGCUCUCUGGGAUGGUUCCCUAACCUGGAACAGUUCUUACCCAGAAUUCACCGAGUGUUUCCAGGAUACAGUCCUUGUUUUUGUUCCCUGUGGCUGGCUGUGGGUUACCUCCCCUUUCUACUUAUACCACAUUUACACCCGCAGUCGUCCCCCUUUGCCCACCAGUAAACUUGGUCUAGCCAAAUGUGUACUGGCUAUUUUUGUAGCAAUUUUCUCCAUAGUGAAAGCUGUACAGGCUCUGUCACGGCACACAGCGUUGGGGGAGUAUGAUGGAACAGCCGACAUUGUCUCUCCUUUCAUUAGAGCAGCUACAAUGAUUUUUGCUGCUCUCUUAGUUCUCAUAGAUCUUAAGAGAGGCUCUCUCACUUCAGGAAUAUUGUGGAUUUUUUGGUUCCUGGAAGUAGUGGCAGGAAUUAUUCCAUUUUAUACAGACAUAAUACAGCAGAAAUAUGAAGACAAGAAUGAGUUGGUGAAUUUUGUGAUCUUCUACAUGGACUACGCCUUUGUUCUUGUACAGUUUGUUUUACACUGUUUUGCUGAAAAACCACGUUUUUUACGGCCCACAAGACAGAAACACUCUCCAGAAACAACCUCCUCCUUUCCGUCAUUAUUUUCGUUUACUUGGGUAACUCCACUAGUUAUAAAAGGGUACAAAAAGUCUCUAGAAGAAGACGAUGUAUGGGACCUUGUGCAAUCUGACAAAUGUAAACAAGUUGUUCCCAGAUUUGAGCGGGUUUGGAAUCUAGAACGGGAAAAGUCAAAAUCUUCAAGGAACAAAUCAGGUUUACAUGAAAAGAGAGUGCGAACGUUUUCUAAUCAAAUAAGGUCUGAAAUCAACAUCAGCCAGGAGGAAGUGGAUGAGAGAACUCCCCUCCUAAAUGGGAAAGCUCCAACAGGGGAGAUUACUGUGGAGAAGAAACAAAAACUGCCUUCACUGCUAAAAGUGCUCACCAAAGUGUAUGGAAAGGAUCUAUUUAUUGCACACUUCUUGAAAUUUGUCAAAGAUCUUCUGACAUUUCUCAACCCAAUCCUGCUCAAAAAUAUGGAUGCUGAUCGACUUGGUGAAGUGCGACAAGAGACAUGGCGAGGAUACACGUAUGCUGUGGCCAUUACUGUGAUUACAGCAUUCAUGACCGUUUUGGAACAACAGUGUUUUUUUCGUAGUUUUCGAAUUGGUAUGAAGAUUCGAGCUGCUCUUAUUUCAGCCAUAUACAAAAAGGCCCUCACAAUGAACAAUCUGGCGAGGAAGGAAUCCACAGUUGGUGAGAUUGUCAACCUCAUGUCAGUGGAUGCCCAGCGGUUUCAGGAUAUGCUGGGGUACCUCUGGUCAUUAUGGUCCGGCCCACUACAGAUCAUCCUCGCUGUUUAUUUCCUGUAUCAGACCGUUGGUCCAUCAGUGUUUUCCGGGCUCGGAGUCAUCAUUAUUCUGUUCCCGAUAAAUGCGUAUAUAAUGGCAAAGACACAGGCAUACCAAGAGGAGCAGAUGACGCUUAAAGACGGACGAAUCAAACUGAUGAAUGAAGUGCUGAAUGGAAUAAAGGUGUUGAAGCUUUACGCCUGGGAGUUAUCAUUCCAAGAGAAGAUUCUGGCAAUCCGGAACCUAGAGCUGAAUGUCAUCAGAAAGGCGGGGUUCCUCAAUGCAUUUGGUAUUUUCUCCUGGACACUCGCUCCUUAUCUGGUUUCCUUAGCAACUUUUGCGACAUACAUCUACGCAUCAACUGACCAUUUUCUGAGCGCACAGAAAGCUUUUGUUGCCAUUGCGCUGUUCAAUAUUUGAGAUUUGCCAUCAAUCUGACCCCCAAUGAUCUUGUCAGAUUUGGUCAGGUCACUAGUGUCUUUGAAAAGAAUCAGAAAGUUUUUGUGCCAUGAAGACCUGGAUUUGGAAUCUGUACAGCACAGUCCUCAUGAAGAUGAUGCUGUCGUGAUUGAAAAUGGAACAUUCUCUUGGGACACUACAUUGGGAGCUUGCCUCAAGGAUAUCAAUGUCCAUAUAGAGGAGGGUGGACUAGUGGCUGUGGUAGGGCAGGUGGGUGCUGAGUCCUCACUGUUGUCUGCCAUGCUAGGAGAGAUGAAUAAACUGUCAGGACGGAUCAAUGUCAAGGGUACAGUGGCUUAUGUACCACAACAGGCCUGGAUACAGAAUGCCACCCUGCAGGACAACAUCCUGUUUGGGGCAGAGCUGCACCCAGGGGUGUACAGUCAGAUCCUAGAAGCUUGUGCCCUGGGCCCUGACCUAGACAUUCUACCUGCUAAAGACCAAACAGAAAUAGGAGAAAAGGGCAUCAACCUUAGCGGGGGUCAGAAGCAGCGGGUGAGUUUGGCCCGUGCCGUUUACAACGACGCGGAUGUCUACUUGAUGGAUGACCCACUCAGUGCCGUGGAUUCACACGUGGGCAAGCACAUCUUUGAUCAUGUGAUGUCCUCACAGGGUUUGCUGAAGGGAAAGACCAGAGUUCUGGUGACUCACGGCGUCCACUGGCUCCCCCUGGUGGACAAGAUUGUUGUACUGGUGAAUGGGGAAAUCUCUGAGGUUGGAUCGUACGAUGAGCUGAUGACUCACGAUGGGGCAUUUGCUCAGUUCCUGAAAACCUACCUUCUGGAGAAAGAUACAGAUGAUGGAGAAGAAGAUGAAGAGGUUGUGGCAACUCGUUCAAAGAUGCUGGAAAGGUUACGUUCUGUGACUUCUGACGAAGGUCGAGAUGAGGAAGGGACAGAACUCCGUCAGAGAAAGAAAUCUACCUCAAGUUUUACCCAGGAAGACCAGACAAGAAUGGUGAGAAGCGUGUCACGAGAGAAGGAUGCUACGGGCAAGGAUGCUCCUGAUACGGAGAACAAAGAUCGGCUGAUAGAAGAGGAAACUGCCGAAGUUGGUUCUGUUAGCGUGAAGGUGUAUUUGACGUACUUCCGUGCUUUGGGCGUCCUCUUCACCAUCCUGCUGUGUGGUUUAUAUGCCAUCUAUCAGGUUGGCAUGAUACUCAGCAACAUCUGGCUCAGCAGUUGGACAACCGAUGAAGUCUUGAACAAUCGGUCCCUUCCUGCAAAUAGUUCAGUGUACAGAGAGAAAAACGACUACUACUUGGGGAUCUAUGGAGGUCUGGGAGCGGUGCAGGGUCUUUUUGUCUUGAUAUUCUCCUUCCUAAUGGUGAUACGCAUGAUCCAUGCGGCGUCAAAACUCCACUCUGACCUCCUGGUGAACAUGUUACGCUCACCGAUGGCGUUCUUCGACACGACGCCCAUCGGCAGAAUUGUCAACCGGUUCUCCAAAGACAUCGACUCGGUGGAUGAAGAACUGCCCAACAUGUUAGGCAUGUGGAUGGACUCCCUGUAUUUUCUCCUCAGCACUCUGAUUGUGAUCUCCUACAGCACUCCAAUCUUCCUGUCUGUGCUCGUGCCCUUGUUUGUCCUGUACUACAUCAUUCAGAGAUUUUAUGUCAGCACAUCUCGACAGUUAAAGCGCCUGGAAUCUACAACACGCUCGCCGAUCUUCAGCCAUUUCAGCGAGACUAUCAGCGGCGCCAGCGUGAUCCGUGCAUUUGGAGCAGAUCAAAGAUUCAUUAAGGAACAGCAGAGCAAAGUUGACCAUAAUCACAUUUUCUACUUUGCUGGAAUUAGUGCUAACAGAUGGCUGGGCCUUUUCCUGGAGACAGUUGGGAACAUGUGUGUGUUAGCUGCCAGCAUGUUUGCCGUCUCAGAACGAGGUGUCAUUCAGGGAGGCCUUGUGGGGCUGUCUAUAUCCUAUGCUCUGGAGAUAACAGGGGCUUUGACGUGGUUGGUACGCAUGACCUCUGAUGUGGAGACAAACAUUGUGUCUGUGGAGAGGAUAAAUGAAUAUACAAACACAUCUACGGAGGCUCAGUGGUACGAUGAGAACAGAAAGCCGCCACAUGACUGGCCAGACAAAGGGGUGAUCAGGCUAGAGAACUACGCCACAAGAUAUAGGCCUGGUCUUAGCCUUGUGCUGAAAGGGAUAACAGCUGAUAUCAAGGCUGGGGAGAAGGUUGGAAUUGUGGGAAGAACAGGUGCGGGGAAAUCCUCUCUGACGCUGUCGUUGUUUCGUCUUAUCGAGCCAGCUGGGGGUACCAUUGUCAUUGAUGGUCAGAAUAUCGCAGACCUUGGAUUGCACGACUUAAGAUCAAGGCUUACUAUUUUGCCUCAGGACCCAGUUCUCUUCUCCGGAACUCUGCGGAUGAACCUCGACCCGUUCGAUCGUUACCAUGACGACCGGAUUUGGCAGGCGCUGGAGCAUGCUCACCUGAAGGGGUUUGUGGAGGGAUUACCUCAGCGUCUGCAGCACGAGUGUGGGGAAGGAGGACAAAACCUCAGUGUUGGACAGAGACAGCUUGUUUGCUUGGCAAGAACUCUGCUCAGGAAAACUAAAAUCCUUGUCCUGGACGAAGCCACAGCUGCCGUCGACAUGGAAACCGAUGAUCUCAUUCAGGCGACAAUACGUGAGGAGUUCAAGGACUGUACGAUCUUAACCAUCGCCCAUCGCCUCAAUACUGUCAUGGAUUAUGAUAGAAUCCUCGUCCUGGACAGCGGCUUGAUCAGCGAGUUUGAUUCCCCGUCUGUCUUACUAGAGAACAAAGAUGGCUUGUUCUACAGUCUGGCCAGGAAUGCUGGUCUGGCGUGAUGCAUGAUGGGAACGUUCAGAUGUACUGUGGCGUCAUCCAAUCAAAUACAAGCAGCAGUCAUCCCUACAUCACCUCUGACGCUCAGCAUCACCAGAAGCUUUUAGCCAGGCAUAAUGACAUCAUCCAGCGAGCACAGGACAGUCUAAGAUGAUAGAAUCCAACUGUGUCCAUCCCAACUGAGUUCUCUGUCCAAUGCAGCAUGAUUUAAACCUGAUAACUUUCAUACAUGCUUACCCACCCAUUCCAUUAGUCUACACAGGUAACUUAUUUGUCUUUCAGUGUGGAUUUAUUGUACUUAAUUUGAACAUACACGUAUAUUUUAUUGUACAUUUGCUCACAUCUCUCUUUGUUAUCGUUUAGAUAGCAUGUUUUACAUUGCUGGCAGAUUUUUGGCAUCCAGCUCUACUCUUG